UCGUCUAUUCGCAGCUGUUGAGAAUAAACGAAGCCCAAUGUUUUAGAAUGUUCGUAUGAAGUUCGCGGAACUCUACUAACUGCACUAGACACCGUCAGCACUCGCCUUAGCACGAACACUAAUAAUUCACCCUUAACUUAAAGCUAACUUAUAAAUGCAGGAAAACGGUAACCAUUCUAUAGCCAUGGACACCAAAACUACCCAAGAGGAAGAGGUUCGGACCCUAUUUGUCAGUGGCUUGCCUCCCGAUGUAAAACCUCGCGAAGUUUAUCUACUUUUCCGUGGAUAUAAGGGCUACGAAGGAUCACUAUUAAAACUCACAGAUAAACAGGGCAAAACUUCUCCGGUAGCAUUUGUAACCUUCGAAGAAAAAACUGACGCUGAAGAGGCUAAAGAAGAACUACAGGGUGUUCGGUUUGAUCCGGACGUGUCCCAGACCCUCAGACUAGAAUUUGCUAAGUCCAACACCAAAGUCAACAAACCAGCAAACAGGAAUUCUGUCUUGACAUCCGGGAUGCCGUACACCCCACACAAAGAACCAGUCAUGACGCCAGAUUAUUUUGGUACCAGUUUUUUUCCCGUGCAGGAGCCAAAUCUUCCUUACCAGGGUCCACUCUUCAACGACAUAAUGAACGCUGCGGUAGCGCAGCAAGUUGCGCAGCACAACUUUGCCCACCACCCCACUGCACUUCAAAUCCAGCAUCACCCCUUCUCAUCAAUACCAUCCCCCCUACCCUCUCCUCUACAUUCACCCCUACCCCCCACCCCAAGUGCCCACACUUUACAACACAUGGCCGCCGCCGCAAUAGUAGCAGCCAACCCUCCCUGUAGUACUUUGUUCGUCGCUAACUUGGGGAAGAAUUGCACAGAGACAGAAUUAAUUCACUUUUUUUCAAGAUUUCCGGGUUUUAUUAAACUAAAAAUGCACAAUAAAGGAAAUUCGCCAGUUUGUUUCGUCGAGUUUAUGAACGAAAUAGUAGCUACUCAGGCAAUGCAUACGUUUCAAGGGUACGUCCCACCUAAUUCAGAAAAGGGAGGGAUAAGAAUCGAAUUCGCAAAGACAAAAAUGGGCGAGGGAUCAGCUGGUAUGAUUCCCACCAGAAAUGAUGGAGCUAGCUACUUCGUACAACCGAUGCAACCGGCUUUUCCUUAAUAAUGGUAAUUAAUAAUUUUAAUGCGACGAACAUAAAUUACAGAAAUGAAAUUGAACAAUAAUCUUAACUAUUUACUUAGAAAUUUAAAAUUUUGGGGCAUUUUAUGCGCUCUUGUCAUUAGUCUCAUACAUACUAAGAAACGCGAUCGGUUAUGGUGGUCGACUUUAAAAGGUUCGUUGUUCCUUUGAGGUCAACACACUACAGUAGUAUAGCAUUGAUGUACAAUGUAAAAUGGUCGAUUUUAUAGCGGUCGGUUAUCGAGAGGUCAACAUCUUUCCGAUCUUUAUUCUUAAAUCAGAGUGAAAAGAGAUUAUUACUCGGGGAAAUUUUCAAUAACUCUUUGGACAUUCACAUCAAAUUAUGCCGCCAUAUUGGAUGACUAGAGGCUUUUUAUUGCUCAUGUCAUCCAACAUGGCCACCGAUACCUUUAUAUCUCUUGUUUCACCUGCAACAUCCGAGGAAAAAAGCAACAGAUUUAGGAAAUGCCACGGGGGGAAAAAGUAGCAUCAUGGACAUCAUACAAUUAAACGAAAAGCACAAAAUUCGUGAAAAAGGAUACAGUUUUAACAGUUUUAAUAUUAAAAUGUCUAACCUAGAAAGCAACGAUUGCAAUGCUAACUAUUUGAAGUCCAUAAUGCUUCGUUUGACCCUCGUUUGACCCUCGUUUGACCCUCGUUUGACCCUCGUUUGACCCUCGUUUGACCUUGUGCUCUUUUGCUCUGAUGGUUUUUUGUUAAACCAUUUUAGGAUCUCUAAUUUAGUAUAGAAAAUUCUUCUAAUUUUCUUAUAUUUUUUCCAUAAAAAUCUCUUUGUUAAAAUCCCUGUCUGAAAAUGACCGCCAAUUAUAAAUAAUAGAAAGACCAAUUUUCCAUACCACAGGAAUCCCAAUUACGAGAAAACGUUACAAAGAGAUUUUUAUGAAAGUCUUACAAUUUGCAUUGAGUAAAAAAUAUAUUGCUUGUAGUUGUCGCGCAAAAGCUCACAGUGCUCGCAAUACAAAUAUAUUUGGCAAACAUGAGUGAUAAGCUUUGCUUAUCAGUGAAGAAUUGAAUUUAAGUUAUAAAAAUGAAUUAAAUCAGGA